GGCGUGUUCAAGACAGUGCAUGUCUAUAUCAUUUGUGUUACUUUGUGGUGAGACACUUGUGAAACACCUGACUGUGCACAACAGCGCUCCAAUCUUUUAACAAGAUGCAGAAGUGGGUUGUGGUCAGUUGGGCUCUCCUGGCCCUGGUUGCUGCUGAAGAGUGUCCGGAUGGAGGGAGAUGUGAAGAAGGUCAAACCUGCUGCAACGACCCGGCAGAGGGCUAUGAGUGCUGCCCAUUUGAUCAGGCUGAGUGCUGUUCGGAUCACACCCAUUGCUGUCCUGCUGGCACAAUCUGCGAUGCAGCCAAAUCCAGCUGUGUGAACGCUACUGUGUCCAUCCCCUGGGCGGAAAGAGCUUCUGCUGCUCAACCUAGACUCUCCAAAUCCUUCAGGAUGAUCAAGGCGUACAUGGGGGAGGAUGAUGACAACAUCUGUCCUGAUCAAUCACGGUGCCCACCUGAGUUUUCCUGUCUGAAGGCCUUGACAAAGUUUGGCUGCUGUCCCCUAGCUCAGGGAGUCCCCUGCUCUGAUGGCAAACACUGCUGUCCAGAGAGCCAUCAGUGCAGUGCAGACAGCCGGUCCUGCAUCAGACAAGAGCUUGUGACUACGGUUCUGUGCAGUGAUGGAGUGUCAGAGUGUCCAGAUCAAACCACCUGCUGUGAAAACCCAGAAGGCAAUUGGGGAUGCUGCCCCAUACCAAAGGCCGUGUGCUGCGAGGACAAGUUGCACUGCUGCCCUGAAGAGAGCACAUGUGAUGUGGAGCACUCCAAAUGCAUUUCCUUAUCCACAAAGAAAGAGAUGCCAAUGUGGGCCAAACUGCCUGCCAGGAUAAGAGCAGAGUGGGAGAACAAGAAAGAAGCUGAACCAGUGACUGCAGAGACAGUUAAUGAUGGUGUAACAGAAAAAGCCCCAGAAGUCACCACAGCGAAUACAGUUCCUCCAACAGAGCCUGAAGUAACUGUGUCAUCUGUCACUAAGGGAGCUGGAGGUAAUGUUAUCCCCUGCAAUGACACAGCAGGCUGUCUGGAUGAAACCACAUGCUGUAAAACCAAAGACGGUGGCUGGGCUUGCUGUCCCCUACCAGAGGCUGUUUGUUGUGACGAUCUUGUACACUGCUGCCCAAAAGGUAAGAAAUGUAACCAGGCUGCCCAGACCUGUGAGGAUGACACAUGCUCCAUGCCCUGGGUCAAGAAGAUGCCCACCAUCCCCAAACAGGGCGCACAGGUGGGGGAUGUUCCAUGUGACUCCACCACCAGCUGUGAAGAUGGAACCACAUGCUGUAAAACCGAAGAGGGGGGCUGGGCCUGCUGUCCUCUACCAGAGGCUGUCUGUUGUGAGGAUUUUAUACACUGCUGCCCAAAAGGUAAGACGUGCAACCUGGCUGCCCAGACGUGUGAUGGCGACACAAGCUCCAUGCCGUGGGUUGAGAAGGUCCCUGCGAUCCCCAAACAGGGCGUACAGUCGAAGGAUGUUCCAUGUGACUCCACCACCAGCUGUGAAGAUGGAACCACAUGCUGUAAAACCGAAGAGGGGGGCUGGGCCUGCUGUCCUCUACCAGAGGCUGUCUGCUGUGAGGAUUUUAUACACUGCUGCCCAAAAGGUAAGACGUGCAACCUGGCUGCCCAGACGUGUGAUGAUGACACAAGCUCCAUGCCGUGGGUUGAUAAAGUUCCUGCAAUCCCAAAACAAGGCGUACAGGUGGGGAAUGUUGCAUGUGACCCCACCGCCAGCUGUCCAGAUGGCAACACAUGCUGUAAAAACAAAGCAGGUCUCUGGGCCUGCUGUCCUCUACCUGAGGCAGUCUGCUGUGACAACCAUGAAAGCUGCUGUCCUAACGGCACCACCUGUGACACGACCUCCUCCAGCUGUCUGAGCCCAUCAGGCUCAACACCCAUGAAACAGAAGACUCCUGCAUUCACCACGCCGGCUCCCACCACAGUGGCCACUACAACCGAAAGUCAGGUAUCAACCACAAUGCAAACGGAGGAGGAGGAGGCUGAGGAGGAGCCUGAGGAGGUCGAGGCGACUCAAGCACCGAAGACAGAGGAGGAGAAUAUGGGCGCGAUUCAGUGCGACGCCCACACCAGCUGCCCUCAGUACACCACCUGCUGCUUCAUGGUCUCGUCUCAAAAGUGGGGCUGUUGCCCGCUGCCAGAGGCGGUGUGCUGCGCUGAUGGGAACCAUUGUUGCCCCACCCACUACAAGUGCAAUGAGCACCAGACCUCCUGCGUCAAAGGAGAAGUGGUGAUCCCGUGGUACACCAAGCUUCCAGCCACCACCAACGUUCAGGCUGAUCCCAGCGCUGUGAAGUGCGACGGUCUGACUCAGUGUCCAGAGCACACCACCUGCUGCCGGCUCUUCACGGGAGAGUGGGGCUGCUGCCCACUGCAAAAUGCUGUGUGCUGCCCAGAUAUGGAGCACUGCUGCCCAGAGGGCUACACCUGUAACAUCGCCUCUAACUCCUGUCAGAAGGUCAUCAUGCUGCAGUUGGAGACCAUCCCACUUACACCGGUGUAUCUGCCUGAGCACCGGCCCCAGCCCAGGCCCUUAAAGCACAGCAACGUCAAGUGUGAUGAGCAGACCAGCUGCAAGGAUGGAGAGACCUGCUGCAAGACAUUCGCCACUACAUGGGGCUGCUGUCCUUCUCCUAAUGCGGUGUGCUGCAGCGACAUGAUGCACUGCUGUCCCACCGGCUACACCUGCACUGAAGCUGGCGCCUGCAUCCAGAACACCAGGCUUCACUGGUACAACUGGCACGAGUUCCUCGCCAACAAAAAGAGAGCUCUGAUUGUCUGACACACAUCACCCCUGCACUGUCAUUCGAUUCUGCAUGCCUUGCACUAAUGGAAAAUAAUGUAAAGGGAUUUAUUAUCAUUUUUAAAUGUGUUGUUUUUUGAAGACAGUGGGUAAAUGGUGAGGGGGAAAUUGAAUUGGACUUCGGGUUAUGAGGUUCUGUGAUCUUGGAGUUGCGAGUUUGUGUCUACGAGCAUCCGUAUCAUGUCUGACAUAUACUGUUCACAGGUUCACAGCUCAUUUUAAAAACAAGAUAGAUCCUUGUUAUUCCAAGCUCACAGUUUGCUAUUUGAAACUGUACUCAGCUGUAAAAAAGAAUCAACUGAAACACUCCAAAGGAAAUAUGAUUUUGUUCACUGAUCACACUCAUCUAUUCUGUUACUGUACGUUCUGCGCUAAGCUGCUUUUUGUGGCAAAAUGCACUCCUUCAUCAAUAAUCAGUUUUGGGCAUAAUUUAAUGAAGCGCCUUUUAUGAUCUUGAAAGGUACAGAUAUGAACUGCUGUGUGGUUUCACCUUGUGAUGAGGGAAGUUGCAGUUGUGUUUUUUCCUGCUCAGUCUGACAUUUUCACACAUUCAUAAAUGUGCGACACUUGGUUUAUCUGGGUGUUCAAUCACUUUGUGAAAAGUGUUUUAAUUUUGUGCAUUCUGUGGUAAUAUGAGUUUCAGCACACACCAUGAUGCAGACAUGGAGAUAUAAUUGCUUUGCACAGCUUAAAACCUCUUGAGGAGUCAGAGAGGUGUCUAUAUUUUCCAUAAAACAAAUAAACAAGAUAUGAUGUUACAACAUUA